ACUCCAGAAUGACUUUUAUAAGUCAUCGACUGUUUCUCAACAGGUUUGAAGACCCAAAGUAUCAGGACUGUUCGUCCAUCAGAUGAUGAUGGUGGGUUUCCCUCAGGUUCUGCUGUUGAUGGGGGUUCUGCUGGUCCUUUCAAACCGGACCAGGGCUGCAGCUCAAAACCCAAAUCGUUCCCUCUACCACGAUUUCCUCAGUGAACCAGGAAACAAUAAAGGUCCUAGUGUGGAACUCCAUGUGGACUCUGCUCAGACGAUGGUUUUUGCCUCCAGUGGGGGGAACGCUACACUCCCCUGCAGGUUUUGGUUUGAGCCUGAGCUGAGUUUAGCCAGGGAAGUCCGGAUCAAAUGGUCCCGAACGUCUGCGGCAGGAGGACCCGAGGACGACGUGUUGGUGGCCAUCGGAAACAGGAGCCGAAGCUUUGGCAACUUCAGAGGUCGUGUCCAUCUUCGACAGGACUCUGCAGGUGACGCUGCUCUUAUUAUGACUGAGCUUCAGUUAAAUGACACUGGACGUUAUCGCUGUGAAGUAGUGGACGGGUUAGAGGACAGGAACUCUGCAGUCCACCUGGAGCUCCGAGGUGUGGUGUUCCCCUACCAGCAUCCUCGGGGUCGGUACCACCUCAGCUUCGUGGGAGCUCAGCAGGCCUGUGAGGAGCAGGACGCCACGCUGGCCACCUUCACGCAGCUCUUUCAGUCGUGGAAGGAAGGUCUGAACUGGUGCAAUGCGGGCUGGUUGGCCGACGGGACGGUCCAGUACCCCAUCACCAGACCCAGAGAGCCCUGCGGCGGACACGGCCUGGGCCCCGGGGUCCGGACCUACGGCAGGCGACACCAGCACAUGCACCGCUACGAUGUCUUCUGCUUCUCAUCCUCACUCCGAGGCACAGUCUACUUCCUCCAGCCUUCUCAGAAGAUGAACCUGACGGAGGCUCGGCGGACAUGUCAGGAGGACGGAGCCCACAUCGCCAAAGUGGGUCAACUCUACGCCGCCUGGAAGUUCCGCAGCCUGGACCACUGCGACGCCGGCUGGCUGGCCGACGGGAGCGUCCGCUACCCCAUCACCAGGCCACGGACAAACUGCGGAGACUCUGAGCCGGGGGUCCGCAGCUUUGGCUUCCCACCCCCCCAACACAAGCAUGGAGUCUACUGCUACAAGGCAGAGGACCAGUGAAUGCUGCUCAGGGGAUCUGAUUCAGAAACACAAUAGAAUUUUCAUUAUUAUAUUUUCUUCAGUGU